ACAAGCAUAACAGUAUGACUACUCUUUCGGUAUAGUUGGAUUACAUGAUAUUCUUUCUCGGUUUCAAGUAAACACUUGCGUUUGAAAAUACGUCAUAGGACAUUAUAUAAAUAAAUAUUUACAAAUUUAUGAGCUCCAAGUAAUCAAUUUCUAUGUCAUGAAAAAUACUUAUUUUUAUGAUUAUUAAAAUAAUUCACAAUGGCAUUUAGAACAUUAUUUCAUUUGAAUUUUGGUCCAGAAAGAUGUCUGUUAAAAAAUAUCAAUUGUUAUAAGACAUUUACAAAUGUUGUUAAUUCUCCGAAAAACUGCAGAGGAUUCAAAAGAUUAAAGGAUACUUCUAAUCAAGCAGAAUCUAAUAUUUCCAGUUUAGUAAUUAAUGAAAUGGUUCCAUCAGUUCGAAGGUUAUGGAAACCUUUUGGAUUUACUAUAAUAAUUGGAAGUGCUGCUCAUAUCGGAGCUGCUAUUUGGGAAUAUGAACGAAUUCGAGAUCAUACUUAUAAACUGAUCAAUCGAUAUCAACAAUUACGAAUUAAUAAAAUAGGAUGGAGAGGAGAAUUAGAAAAAUGGUGGCAAAAUCUCACCGAAGGUCAGCGAGUAUUUGCACCAAUUUGUUUUUUAAAUAUUCUGGUAUUUCUUGCUUGGAGAAUCCCUGUGCUUAACACCACAAUGAUUCGUUAUUUUUGUGCAAACCCUGCUUGUCGUAAUCUGUGUUGGCCUAUGCUUUUCUCAACGUUUUCUCAUAUCUCAAUAAUACAUCUAAGUGUUAAUAUGUAUGUAUUACAAAGUUUUUGUACAGCAGCUGUAUCUACUCUUGGUAGAGAACAAUUUGUAGCACUUUAUUUAACUAGUGGAAUGACUGCUAGUUUCUUUAGUCAAGUUUAUAAAACAGUUACAAAACGGCCAGGAUUGUCUCUUGGUGCAUCAGGCUCGAUAAUGGGAGUGGUUAGUUUUAUUUGUCUUCAAUAUCCUGACAUUCGACUUAGUAUAGCUUUUCUUCCAAUGCUUAAUUUUAAAGCUAUUUAUGGAAUCAAAGGUCUCGCCAUGUUCGACAUUAUGGGCUGUUUAUUUAAAUGGAGCAUAUUUGAUCAUGCAGCUCAUUUAGGUGGAGCUUUUUGGGGAUUAUUUUGGCAAAAGUGGGGAAAUCGAAAUUUAUGGCAAAAACGUGAACCAUUUUUGAAUUUUUGGCAUAGUAUUCGUGAACCACCUCGGUCAUAAUCAUUGGUUGGUAACUGAAAUAAUUUUUACGAUAUUUUUAAAAAUCUUAAACUAUAAAAAUAAGAAAUAACAUAAGUCAGGAUUUCAAUUAUCUGUCUUUCAUAACUACGGCUACAAAAGACAACUAAUAUAUUAAUUCUGACCAAUAUUAUUUCGUAUUGGCAAUCGUGAUAAUUAAUAUAAUUAAAUGUUGAUUCUAAUUUUGAAAUAAAAAAUAUUUACUUUUUA